CUGAUCUCCUCGACUGCCUCGCUGGGCUUCACGCUGCCCUCGUGCGCUGCCGCGGUUGGCGGCGCACGCUGCUCCGCUGUUGAGAUGAUCUCUGUGGGCGAGAAGCUGCCGAAAUCCGUCCUCAGCAAGGCGGGGCUUUCGGGAAAGAAGGGCGCGCUCUUCUUCUAUGGUGCGGACGAUGCGCCCUCGUGCUCCAAGGAGCUGAGCGCGUUCGAGGGCAGCCUCGCCGACUUUGAUGCGCGGGGCGUCUCCGUCGUCGGCGUUCGCAACGGCGCUGGCGCCAAGGGCUACGACGGCCCGAUUCGGGUGAUCGUUGACGACGGCGACGAAAUGCGUGAAGAGCUUGCGAUCGAGAAGGACCUCUUCGGGCUCCUCGGUGGGCGUGAGACGUACGUGGUCGACCAGUCGGGCACCGUGGUGAGCGUGCACAACAACCAGUUUGACCCGAAGUCGCACGUGACAACCGCGCUCGCGGCUGCAGAGUCGCUGCCGGCAGGCGCGCCGAACCCGUUUGAGGCGUUCGCCGAGGCGCUCAGCAGCCUCAAGCCGCCCGAGCUGCCGGCGCUGGGCGGCAACUGA